CGUUGAUGCUGCUCGAAUCAAUUCCUGGCACGCAAACUUUUUGCGCCUCCGUCUUGCAUGCCAACGAGUGUCUUUGGGACUGUUUAUCUGAAUGAUGGCUACUCUCUCUAUAGGUUCACCUUCCUCACAGACGACUUGCAGUUUAUCGUCUUACCGACAAACUGGCCCAGACGACCCGGGAGUGCGAAAUCUGCUCUGCACAGCGCAGAGAAAAGCUGGAGAGGUCCACCGGCUGCGCGGAAAGCACACCCGAUCCAGCAGGCCCCGACGGCUACGCUUCCGGUCCCGAAAAGUGGAACCCGGAGGUGGGUCUGGAUACCCCGAGGUCGGAUCAAGACCUGGCGCGACGCAGAGCUUCGCCUGGGUGUUGCGGAAGCUGCAAUUCCCUCGGACAGCUCUCAACACAUCAAUGAAGGUGCUUUGGGUCUGGGAAUUGUAGGGGCAGAUUGUCCCCUUUUCAUCCGAUGUGGCUCUCGGGUACUUUGGCCGCAUACUGGGUUGAGGAUUGCUGCCGGAGAAUCAGCAGAACUUCAAACAGUUGAUUGGCGGUGGUGCUUUGGCGUCGGUAGGAGGAUUCCGAAACCAAUAUGGUAGAUGAAGUCUUCUUUGCCUGCGCUGGCUGGUCAUUGGACAUUUAGGAAGAUGAUCAACUCUAGUGCAUUUCAUGA